AUGUCCUACUCUCUCUAUGAUGCAACUGUCUUGAUGGCCAAAGGAGCACUUACGUCUCUCGAUAGAAUUCUUAGCGUGGCUGAGAAAUUGCCUGACUCAGCUACAUUUUUAGCAGCUCGACUCAGUGAGGAUAUGAAUCCCCUUACCUUUCAAGUUUACUACGCAACCUUUCUGGCUGAAGCAGUGGCCUCAAUUCUAUCCGGCCGAGAAUACCAGCAGCCUGAUGACGAUCUUGACUCGUAUGAAAAGAUGCAUACGCGUAUUGCUGAGGUUCUCAAGGAACUAGAGAAAACCGACAAGGAUACAGUCGAUAAAAUAGGUGAAACAAUGACUCAUACCACCAAUCACGAAGGGCAGGUAGAGGUACCUGUUAAAGCCCUCGUAGGUGUGAAGCACAUGCCAAAUGUAUACUUUCAUGUUGCAAUGGCAUACGCCAUCUUGCGAAAAGAAGGCGCCCCAUUGGGGAAGAGGGAUUGGAGUAGGGCAUUUGCCAGCGCGUACGUAUGA